AUGCAAAACCUCGGGGGAAAUGGCUCAGGCAGAAGGAACGGUGACUAUUACUUGGGCGACGGGGGGAGAAACGUGAGGUCCCUCGUGGAUCCCUCCUUGAUGGACCAGUGGAUGUGUAUGUGCAUUUUCUGCUAUCAAACUUUCAAUUCUGGAAGUGCAUUGGGUGGUCAUCAGAUUGCCAAUCGUUUUCAGGCAGGAGGCAGCCGGACUCAUCACGACCGGGUGUCUCGCAACCACCACCACCACCGCAACCGCCACCAGCAUUCGCAGUUCAUGCCUCCUUCUGCUGGUGAUCUGGUUCCUUUGCAGCCAGUCCCUAGAUGUUAUUGUAGGGGCAUGCCUUUAAUGCCCUUCAUUCCUCCCCCCAUGAAUUAUCAACACCCCUACUGGAGGACUCAUAAUGUUUCCUCUAAUUCGCUAAUUUCACAUCCCAUUUCCAUGGCGCCCCCGAUUUCUUAUCCAUAUGCCGGUCCGAUUAUUGUUCCUUCUGUUGAAACCCCUGUCACCUACCAAAACUCGACUGCUGGAUCUUCUUCUUCUCGUGUUGGUCGUGCUACUGUUACUGAUAUUGCUGAUCAUGUUGCUGUUGCGAAUGAAGAAGAAGAAUUGGAUUUGGAGCUCAGGCUUGGUAUUGGGCGUAGGAAUUGA